AUGGCCAAAAGAGUGCAAAAGUCUCGUGGACAAAUGGCUGGGGCAGGCUGCGAGGCCGUAGUGCUGUGCUGGGAAUCUGCUCUGUGUUAUUCAAGAGCCCUUUGCUUCCCAGAUGUACGGUGGGGGCAGUGGCAAGAUUUAAUGCAAGCCAUUAAGAAAGGUGGAGUAAACUAUAAGGAGGCAGAACCCAGUUCAGUGAGACCUCCUUCCUCCCAUCACUGCAGGAUCCUCCACUUCCCGCAGCAAAGCAGACGCCUUCGCAGGAGGACUGAGAGCUUCCCAGGCACCUCUGGCCGUGCAGGAGUAGACAUGACGACAGGAAGGAUCUGCUGCCUGGUGCUGCUGACCCUCGGGGUGCUGGCGGCCGUGGUUGUGCUCCUGGUCACCCUGACUCAACCCAAGUGUGGUCCUCAGCAGUACCUGCAUGGUGCUGUGGCUGCUGACACCGAGAUCUGCUCUAACAUCAGCCGGGACAUCCUGAAAAGAGGAGGCUCAGCUGUGGAUGCUGCCAUCGCUGGUUUGAUCUGCACAUCAGUGAUGAACCCUCAGAGUUCAGGCCUCGGUGGUGGAGUCGUAUUUACAAUCUAUAAUGCAAGCACAGGAACAGUCGAGGUGAUCAAUGCCCGUGAAACAGCUCCCCAAGGCAUUCCUAGCAAUCUGUUGUCUGGCUGUGCUCGUUUACCCAUCGGUCCCCAGUGGAUUGCUGUACCAGGAGAAAUUCGUGGGUAUGAAGAAGCCCAUAAGCGAUACGGCCGCUUGCCAUGGAAAUCCCUGUUUGAACCAACCAUCGAACUCCUUUCACACCCACUUGUUGUUUCCCCAGUUAUGGACAAAAUAAUCAAUCACCAAAACUUCUCCCAAGUGGGAAGAAGCCUGUGCCCAUUGAUUUGUGAUGGUCAGAAGUUUUUGACAUCUGGAAAGACCUUCAGGUGGCCAGCUCUGCAGAAGACGCUGAAAAUUUUGGCCGAAAAUGGAGCUACAGCGUUUUAUGAGGGACAGAUAGGAAAGGCCCUGGUGGAAGACAUUAGGAAAGUUGGGUCUGUUAUCUCAAUGGAGGACCUUAAGGCAUACAAAGCAGAAGUAUCCUCAGCUCUGAACAUUACCCUGAACAAAAACACCACUGUGUUUUCUCCUCCUCCACCCUUGGGAGGUGCUGUGCUACUGUUCAUCCUCAAGAUAUUGGAAGAGUAUAAAUUCCAUGAGGCAUCAUUGUCGACACCAAAGGAAAAGGGGGAAACCUACCAUAUUAUUGCAGAGGCCUUGAAGUUUGGCAAUAUGCUAAAACCUGAGAUGAAAGACCCAACUUUCUCUGAAGUUAAGACGUGUCGCUGGCUGCUUCAGUCCAUUUACAUGGAACACUAA